AUGGAAAAACUCUUAAUUUUUAUUUUUUUAUGUAGAAGGUAAUAAUAGCAUACUUAUAUUGUAGAGUGUUAAGUUAACUAGAUGAAUAUCCAAAACACUUAUUUAUUCACCAUAAGAAUUAGCAACGAUUACUUUAAUCAGAAUGCCAUUAUUCUUGUUAAGAAUGUGACGGAUCUACUGAAUAGGAUUGUUUAUCAUGUAAUUCAGGACUUGGUCGAUAUUAUGAUUCAAUUAAAAGAAUGUGUUUUUGUGAGAAAAAUCUUUUUGAUGUUGGAAUUUCAGAAUGCUUAAUUUUAAAUGAAGCUGUUCCAUCUGGAGAAUUAAGUUAAGAAAACAAUACAAUUAAAGAUUUUUGCAAAUUUGGAUAGUUUAAAGUUUUGCUUUAAAACAAUACUAUAAUUUGUUUAAAUUGGUAUUUAUUGAAUAAAUAUUCAGUCCAAAGUCAAUAAAUAACAAUCUAAAUUGUUUAGACUGCUAUCUUAAUCCAGAUAGCUGGUUUAAGUAACCCAGAUGUACUUCUGACUUUUUAUAGCUUAAAAAUGAUGAAAAUUAUGGCUAUUUGAUGUAAAAAAGACAAGAAAUCGAUUUUGUGAUAUACUUUAUAAGCGAAACCUUUUCUUUGAUAUCAAACCCCUAUUAUUCAUAUCUUUGUUCUGAAUAAGAUUUGAUUCUUGGAGAAAUUGAUUGCUAGUUGAUGGAUGAAAAACACAUAAAUAAACAACUAUAUGCUGUAUGUAAAGAUUAUUCCUUUUACGAUUCUAACUCUUGCAUUUUAUGUCCAUUGUUUUGUUCAAUGUGUAAUAAGAUAGAAUGCAUAGGUUGUAUUAAUCAUUCAUACUUGUAUAAUGGUUUAUGUUUUGAAUGUCCUUAGGAAUGUAAAGAGUGUUAAUACAAUUAAAAUUUGGAUAUUGUUGAAUGCAAUUAAUGCUAUGAGUAAUUUUAAUUUAUAAUUAGACAUUUUGGAUUAGUUUAAGGAAACUGUAUAGAAUGCGGUUUAAAUUGCGCAUCUUGCAUGUUUUGGAAAUUUUAUGAUGCAUAUUAUGGAAAAUGGAUAUAAUAACUCAGAUGUAUUUAAUGCAUUGAUCCUUCUAAAUACUUUCUAUCAUCAAAUGGUAUUGAUUGCUUAGAGAACAUGCUUUAGAAUUGCUUAUAUGCGUAUCAAACAAACAGUCUUUUUUUUUAUUAUAUGACAACUUAUGAUUAUAAAUUCAAGAGUUUUUUAGAAGCCAUAUCUGGAUGUGCUAGAUGCAAAGAGGGGUAUGAUGUCGAUGAAGAUGGAAAAUGUGUUCCUGCAGAAAAUUUAAUCGAAUCUUGCUUGUUUGUUUUUAAAAUCUCAUUUGAAGAAUAUUCAUGUUUGAUAAGUGAUUAUUCAUGGAGCUAACAGAAUAACUAGUGUUAAGAGGUCAUCUCAAAUUGUUAGGAAUGUAUCAAAGAAUCCUGGACUCUAAAACUACUUUGCAUACAAUGUUAACCUGGGUAUUAUGCUCACAGAUUAUUUGGAUAUUGUAUUUAAUGUCCUGAAGAAUUAAAUUGUAGAAUUUGCUAUUAAUAAUAAAGUCUCUUUUAAGAUGAUUGGGUAGUAAAUAUAAGAAGCUUUUAUGAAGGUGUUAUUGAUGCUGUUUAUGUAUAAACAGAGACAACACUUCCUAGGACUUUUCGAACAUAUGCAUAAAGUUAAAAUAUAAGUGAUUAUGAGAUCUCUUGUAAACUAUGUUUAGAUGGAUAUUAACUUCAUAAGAAUAUUUGCAUUUUAAAAUGUCCUCAGGAUUGUCUAGAAUGUAAAAUUGAAAAUAAUUAAAAUAUCUGUAUAAAAUGUUAAAAUGAUUAAUAUGGAAAAGUAUUAUCUUUGGUUGAUAAUAAAUGCUUAUCUUGUCCUUCAAACUGUGAUUUAUGCAUUCCAAGGAUUCCUGAAGAAAUUAAAAAGAUAAAUCCUUAUUUUGAAAAUUAAAAAUAUUAAAAUUUUACAAAUAGAUGUGUUAAAAAUUCUAAUUCAUAAUCUUUUGCAUAUGAUCCAGAUUUUGGAUAUUUUAUUAAUUGUGAAUUAAAAGAUAAAUUAUGUUAAAACAUUUUAACAAUUAAUUUAAAGUUAUAUUGCGAUCAAGAAUAAUACAAUAAUGAUUUAGAAAUAUCAUCCUAAACUUUAAAAAAUAAGUUUAAAUUUUUGAAAACCACAUUAUUUUUAGAUGAUUUCUUGCUUAAUUCAUUCUAAUAAUUUGAAAAUGAUUAAUUUUAUUCUUUAUUGAAUAUUAAAUAAAUAGGGAAACUUAAAAUAAGAAUUUCCACUCAAUAAAAUUAGGAUUGUUUUAUUUAUAAUAAGGUUACUAUUGCUUAACUUUUUAGAAUGAAUGUAUUUUCAUUAAGGUAACAUAUAUAUGAUUAUUAAGUUCUGUAAAUCUUGAAUUUAUUGGGAUUCAGGAUACUAAUUUUUAUAUUUUUGAUACUUUAGAAUUUCACAAUUUUUCAAGCAUUUCUUUUGAUUCUAUAAACUUUGGUUUCAAGACUUCAUCUAUUAUUAAUCAAUAAACUGUUAAGUUUGUAAGUAUUUUACAAUAGACAAUAGAAUUCAAAAACCUAAAAAUUGAGUAGGAGGCUAAUUAGAUUUAGGAUAUUAAUAUUUAAUUUAAUAACAUUGAUCUAAUUUAUAUUCAUGAUGUUUAAAUCUCAAAUCUAAACUUGAAUUCUACAAAUGGAUUAUUUUAAUUUAUAUCAGUAGAUUCAAGUAAUACUGGAACAAUUAAAUUUGAAAACUUUAAUAUUUACUAAACAAAUUUAAUUAAUACUAAAAUAAUCUCUUAUGAGAUUUCUAAUUCAUUUAUGAUUUAUUUAGAAAACAUCUCACUUAAUUUAAAUUUAAUGAAUUCUAAUUUUUUUGUAUGUAAUUAGGUAAUUAAUUUUGGAAAUUUAAUCAUAAACAAAUUAAAACUUACUAAUUCUGUUAUUAAAAACACUUCAUGCUUGAUUUAGGGAAAUUUCUUGAAACUAAUAGAUAUAAAUUCUAUUAUUUUACAAUAAAAUUAAUUUGAUCAUAGCAAUCUUAUAUUAUUGAAUAACAACAUUACAUUGUAAAAUAUUUAAAUAGAAAAUUGUGUAUUAUUAAAUAGUUAUUUAAUAUUGAAUCAAUUAGCCGAAAAAAAUCAUCUAGAUACUGAGUAUUUAUUUAAUUUAAAGAAUUUCUUGAUAAUAAAUAACUAAUAUAAUGUUGGUACGAAGUAUAUUACAAUCUAUCGUUAUACUUCUACUAAUUCUAAGAUUAUUUUUGAAUAACUAAAAAUUAAAAAUAAUAUAAUAAUUGAUACUGAAUUAAGAAACUAAAAGAAAUAAUAAAGUGCCUCAAUUAUAUUAGAAAGUGAUGAAAUAUAUCUUAAAAAUUUUGAAAUAUUUAAAUUAAGAGGAAUACCAGAUUUUUCUAUUAUAAAUUCACAUAAUUUAACUAUUAAUGAUUUAUACGUUACUUCUUAAAUCAAUAAAGAGAAGUUGUUUUUAUAGAAAUAAUCAUUAUAAACCAAUGAUUUAGGAAUAGUAUUUCACAUUUAUUCAGUGAAAUAAAUUAGAUUUCAAAGUGUACAUCUAGUAUCUCUAUUUAUUCAUAAUUACCCAAUUAUCUAUUAUGAAUAAGCAACAAAAACCUUAAUAAAUUAGGAUGGUUAAAUUGAAGUUUAUAAUUCAAAAUUUACAAAUAAUUUGUUAUAUUAAAGUAAUUCAUAAUUUAGUACUAACCUUAUUGAAAUUUUCUCAGCCUAAAAAGUAAUAAUAAAUUUCAUUAAUUCUACUUUUGAAAAUAAUAUUAUCUAUUUUUAAACAACAAGUACUAGUGUUUAAUCAACUAAUCUUUUAAAUAUUGAUUGCUCUGAAUGUUCAGUUAACUUAAGGGAAUUCAAUUUUUUAUCUAAUGUGGCUAUUAAUACAACUUCUUCAACUCUCUUUAUUAAGUCCACUAAAAUAUCAAUCAGCGAAAGUGUCUUUAAAUAAAAUGGUUUUAUAAGUAAAGAUAUAUUAAGUUUUUUAAAUCAGAUAGAAGUAUAUUUUGAUAAUAGUUUAUUUUACCAAGGAUCUGGAAAUGGAGUAUUUUAAACUGAUAAUAUGUAUGUUCUUAAUUGUAACUUUUUUAAUCAAUAUGGUUCAAAAGGAGCAUCCAUUUCAUUUUACCCUUUAAACUAAGGGUUUUUUAAAAUUGAAAAUACUAUAAUUGAUAUAUCCCAAAAUUAUUUUAUCUAAGAAAAUGAAAAAGGAGGUGUAAUUUAUAUUAGUUCUUCGUCAGCCAAUUUAUAAUUGGAGAUUAUUAAUUGCUAAUUUUCCAACAUAUAUUCAAUUUAAGGAGGGCUAAUAAUGAUAGAAAGUCCGUAAAACAGUAUUUAAAUUCUAAUCAACAAUACUUAUAUAAUGGAUUUCUUCUCUUUAAAAGGAUCAUUAGUUUAUGUAAAUUUUGAAGAAUAAUACACUGAUAAUUCAUUAAUAUAACUUUAAGAUCUAAAAUUAUCAAACACUUUAGAAGGAUUUUCUAAAUUUUUUUAGUUAUAUAAUGAUAAAAAUUAUAAUUUAUAAGAAAUCGAAGCAUCAGAGAAUUUUUAAAUUAUUUUGUAUAAGAGAUCAAUUAUAUUUUCAAAAUUAGGAAGAAUCUAAAUAAAGAACCUAAUCAUUUGUGGAUUAAUUAAUGAAAUCAUUAUUUAUGAUUAAUAUCUUAGGAUGUUACAAGUAAACUCCAUCUAUAUAACAAACUCAUCGAUAUCAAAUUAAGGAUUGAUAUAUGUAGCUCCUUUUUAAAGUAUAAAUUAAUUCUUAAUUUUUUUUAGAUAAAAAUUUUUCAAUUUAUAUAAAUUCUGUUCUUGUUGAGAACCUUAAAACAAAUACGGAUGAAAUUCAAAGUGCAUAUUAUAAGUAUGCAAAAAUAAGUAGGUAGAAUAUUUUUGGUAUAAUAAACAUAUUAAACAUCCAUUAGGAGGGAAUUAUGGAAUUUAGGAACAUAAAAUUUAUAAACAAUUAGUGUAAUAAUUGUCAAGCAGGUCUAAUGAACUUUCAAUUUAAUAAUUAUAGUCAGAAUAAUUUAAACAUUUAAGACAUCACUUUUAAAUAUAAUAUAUGCGGAGAGCGAGGUUGCCUAAACAUAGUUUAGGAUAACAUCUAUUAUUAUCUUAUUGAUGAUUAGGAUAACCUGAGGUUAUUAGAAGGUGAAAAAGUAAAUAAUAUCUUAAAUUAUGUAUUUAUAAUUUAAGAUUAUUAUUGCUAUUAAAAUUUAGGAACUUAUGGAGUUUGCUUAUUUGUUUAGAAUUUAGCAGGAUAGAUCGAUCGAGCAAUAUUUUCAUAAAACAAUGCUACAGUAUCAGGUGGUGCGGUUUAUUCAUUUGGAAAUAAAUCUAAUUUACAAAUAAUGAAAGCUUAAAUAGUAGAAAAUUAUGCUAAAUUUGGAGGUGGUAUGUCAAUAAGAAAUCACUUUUCUCCUAAUUUGAAAUAAUAUGAAACAUUCUCUUUCGAAAACUAAGCCUCUUAUUUUGGAAAUGAUUAUGCAGAGUAUCCAACACAUCUUAUCAUUUAAAUAAAUAAUUACAAUCAAUUCAUAUAUAAAUAAUAUUCUUCUUUAAACACAUAAUAAAAUAAUAUUAAAAUCUUUACUGCUACUUUGUUAAACAAUGAAUAAGAAAUAAAAUAGAUUUUAUUACCAAGUGCAUAACAUCUAUAUUUAUAUUAAUAGUUUGAUUGGGAAAAUAAUAAUUAUAUUAUGAUGAAUUAUACUUUAAGAUUAAUUCCAUAUGAUUAAAGGAAUAACAGAAUAAAAAAUUUAACAUCUAGUAAAUGUACUAUAAAAGGAAGAUUAUAUGAUUAUAAGAAAUUAGAAGAGAGUGAACAAAAACCAUUUAGUAAUAAUUUCACAAAUUUAAAUGAAGUUGUUUAUGAUAAUUCAAUGGAAGAAUACAAUUUUGAUCAUUUGAUUAUAUAUUUUGAUCCUGAUUUACCUGAAAAUAUAGUUUUAUAAUUUGAAUUUAAAUGUGAUUCAAUUAGAAUACCAAUUUUAAAUGAGAAUUAAUAAAUAGAUACUAUAAUUAAAUAAUCAAAAGAAUAUUAUUUAAGAUUAAAUAUAAAAACAUUACCUUGUUAAAUUGGAGAAUUAAAAAGUGAAGAAGAUUUAUCUUGUCAUCCUUGUGAUUAUACUUAAGAUUAUUAUUCAGUUAAUUUUAAUUCAAAUAAAUGUAAAAUUAGAGAUAAUAUUUAAAUGGAAUAAGUUAAAUCAGCAUAAAUUAAAUUAAGACCAGUAAAUUAUAUAAUUUCAUUUUUUAUUAGAAUUAUUGGAGACCUUAUUUUUAUGCAGAUCUUAUAGAAUAUUGUUAUAAUUUUUAAUUGAAUUGUUUAGGUGGAUGGAAUUAUGGAGAUGUUUCAUGUUCUUUAGGUCAUAUAGGAGCAUUAUGUGAAUAAUGUGAUAUUUAUAAUAUUAGAGGAGAUGGUGCAUAUUCUAUAAGUUAAAAAUAUAAAUGUGGUUCAUGUGAUGAUACAAAAUCAAAUACUUUAAUCAUAAUUGGUAUAUCAUUAUGGUAUUUAUAAUCAUUUAUUAUUAAAAAGGACUCUCAUUUCUAUUUCAAUUUCUGUGAAAAGUACUGUAGAAAUCAUUAAAUAAUUAGCUAGAGCAUCUAAAUUAAAAUCGAUAGGAAUUAUGAUAGUAGUCACAAAGAAUAAUGCUGUUAAUUUUAUUAAGAUCCUUACUAAUUAUCUAUAAAUUAUUGCAUCUAUUAGUACUUUCUAAUUAUAAUUACCUUAAAAUAUGGAAUCAACUAUUAAUUCUUUAGGAAAUCCAGUAGAAACAAUGGCAUAUUCUUUAGAUUGUUUUUUAAAAGAUAUGUUUUAAAGUAUUUCCAUUCAUUAUUCAAGAACAAUUUGGUAAUUAAUUAUGCCUUUUAUUUAUAUUCUCCUAUUCUUAUAAUUUUAUGGAGUAGGAGUAAUCUUAAAGUAUGUUGAAUUUAACAGUUGUGUUAUUUCAACAUCAUUAAUCUAUAUGUUCAUAUAUUUCUAACCUAAUAUCAUUGCAGGAUAAAUUGGAUUAUUAUCUUAUAGAACAAUCUCAGGAUUUAAAUGGAUAUUAGGUAAUGUAGCAAAUAGAUAUGAUACAAAUGAUCAUAUCAAAUGGUUACUAUCAUUUUGUUUACCUGUAUUAUUUACUUUUGGUGUUUUAAUACCUGGAUUUCUAUUUAAUAGACUUUAUAAAAUUAGAUAGACUUUAAAAGAUAAGAAUAACAGAUUGAUUUGGGGUUAUUUAUAUAAUGAAUACAAAGAAAGUGCUUAUUAUUGGGAAAUUGUAAAAAUAAUAUAAAAAGAAUUAAUAAUAAUAUUUCUUACAUUUUAUUAAGAUUAAAUAAUAGUAAAAGCAGUUUUAGUUUAUGGGAUUAUCUUUAUUUAUAAUUAUUUAACUUUAUAUAUGUAUCCAUAUCAAUCUAUGUAACAUAAUAUUUUAGAUCAUUAAUCAACUAGAGUUUGUGGUUUUUCAAUUGUUUUAGCAAUUGGAAUUUAUGGAUCAUUAUAAAGUGGAAUUAUUGAAGUUUAAAUUCCAUUUUAUAUUAUUAUGACUAUCAUUAACUUUUUAUUUUUGAUUAAAUUAAUCUUAUAAAUAAUAAAAGCAUAUUUUUAAUAAUUUGAAGUAUUAAUUGAUAACAUUAGAGAUUUUAUUAGAAUUAGAAUUCCAUCACUUUUAAAUUAUCCAUUUUUCUAAAAAAUAUUAAAAAAUUAAUAAUAAACUAGAUUAAAAGCUUAAAAGAAUUUUAGAAAAAUUAAAUUAUCUGUUAUAUUAUUAUCAAGAUAAAUUAUAUUAAAUAAAAAAAUUAAUAAUACUUAAGAAAGAAAAGGAACUUUUAUUUUGGAUUCAAAAAUAUCAUUAGUAGAAACAAAUUAAAAUCAAUAAAAAUCUUCUUUAGAAGAAAUAAAUAAAAACUUUUUAGUAAUCGGAUAAAAUUAAAAGUGA